AUGGAUGCUUGGUCUGAUGGUGACAUGGCAUUUCUCAGGACGAUUCGCACGAAAAUACUCAAUUUCGUUUCACCCAACCGAAAGCUUCAUAAGUCAUCAACGAACUCAAUAACCCUCGUCAAAGGUUUCUUACCAGCUGAGGCAGAACGUUUCGUCAAGAAACGGUCACAAGUUAAGCGCAUGCAGGAGCAUCGAAAUGAGGCG